CAUAUGUGGCUGAGCCGGUGUGUUGGCCCCUCCCCGCGCGAAGAUUUGAAAACGGCUUUGUGAAGGAAGGAGGGCGAGUAGCGAGGAAGAAAAGACAGCAUCGUUAGUGUAGACAUGGCUCCCAGGAAAAGGACCACCAAACAACGGAAAAAUAACCCCAAGACGUCAAAACUGGAAGCUUUUUUGGAUGAUUUCGACAGCGAGGUGAUGACCAGAGUUGAACAGCUGAAAGAGAAGCAAAACCAGCUGUUGAAAGAUGUUGACAACAGCUACAACAUGGCACUAAUUAAGCUCCCCAAGGCUGUCAGGCAAAUGUCUUGGUUGGAGCAUUGCAAGGCUGAGAAACCAAAGACACCAGAAGUGGACAAUGCAAAGAGACAAGAGGAAGCUGCUAUCGUUGAAAGUGUUGUGCCUGGGGAUGAUGCAGUUCUUCUGAAAACAGUUGAGAAAACGUCAAAAAAGAAGGGUGGAGUUAAAUCCAGGUCUGAGAAUGAAAACAUCCCGAGCACAACAAGGAAGGGGAGAGCUACAAGAAAGCCCCCGACUACAUCAAAGAGAGCAAAGGCGCUGCCGGUCAGAAAGCAGAGCACCACCAUCAGACGAUCGAGCAGGAACCCCCUGAUUACUCCUGCCAGGAGCAUACUGGAUUCUUCUUUGAUGGGGCCCACUCCUCUCAUCACACCCCGCUUUGACUCAAGACUUCCCAAGACCCCUGCGGUGAGAGUUCCACGCCACAAAGAGAGGGUCUAUAGCAUUUCAGUCAACGGCUCUCCCAUUGCAGCAGGAAAUGAGGAUAUCAUCAUCAAUGUUCCUGUUGGGAAUGGAGAGAGCAUUCAGCUGCUGGCCAGUCAGAUGGACUCAGUGGACCUUUCACUGCUGGAUGAAACCGCCAUCAGGAGCAUUCGGCUUCUGCAGAAUCGCCUCACAACAUUGUGUGGGACAUCAGAGUGAUCAAACGAUCUGCUGCUGAUUGUACUAUACUUUUUUUUUUUCUUUUCUUCAGUGAAAGCUUCCAUCCUUCCGCCGCAGCAUGGCAUGAUGUUUCUUUUUUUUAAUUUUUAUUUUAAAAGAAAAACAAGUUAUACUCGAACAAAAGAGAGAGUGUCAGGUUAGUACUGGACAUUGUUUUCUCAAGAUGUUCCACAUUCCUUGGAAUUCAUUUAGUUAGUGAAAGCCAUCACAUGCAUCAAUGUGGGUAUUGAUCUGUUCAUUUCACUUUAAGCACAUACUCCUAAUUUAUCUUUUUACUUUUAAAUUUAAUUUCAGAUAGUUUCUGCUGCUUUUUGUUGCAGGGGAAUUUGGUCAGAUUUUAGUGUUUCUCAGAUAUGACCUUCUCUUUAUUCUUUGUUUUUUUUUUUUUAAGUACACUUCCCUCUGAUAUUAUUUGUCUGGUUUGUCAUUGUUGAACUGAACACACAUUUCUAUAAAUCAGCUUGUAGUUACAUGGUGAGUAAAAAUACAUAAUUCAUGUACAUUGUGUACUGUCUUCAUAACUGUGUGAUGUGGUUAUUUGGGAAAUUUUGGGUUAAUUGGGGAUGUGUAUUUUUAAAGACAGCAGAUAACAUGUUUUAAUUUUACUUUAAAUAUGCUGUAGCGUAGUAGAGGUUAUGGGAUUUUUAAAUUUUUUUUAAAAGUUGUAUCUGUGCAUAGUGACCAGUAGGUGGCAGCAUUUCACCACUGAAUUUUUAUGUCGGGAGCCAGAGCUGCCUCUGCUUUUGUUUUAUUGUUAAAGAAAAAUUAGAAAAAUCUGUAUUUGAUUAAACCGUUAUAACUGCUUGUUA